UUAUGUAGGAAGAGUGAAUCUUAAUGAGUUCUCCGGUUGAAGUGGGCAGUCAAGGUGACAAGCCCCAGAAGGAGGGGCUUAAAUGCGGCCUUAAAGAACCAACGUUCUUGUAUGGUGACUUGGAUCUGUAUGUAUUAGAAGCAAAAAAUCUCCCAAAUUUGGAUCUUUCUUCUGAAACAAUGAGAAAAUGUUUCACUAUGGGUAAUACUUGUACCCCUCCCUUCAUGAAAGCACGCAGGAUAAGCACUGGGAAAUAUCAUGUAGAUACUAGCGAUCCCUAUGUCUCUGUCGUUCUGGCAGGGGCUACUGUAGCUCAAACUCGAGUAGUUCGUAAUAAUGAGCAUCCUUCAUGGGAUGAGCAUUUUAUUGUUCCAGUGGCUCAUCCUGCUGAGGAAGUGGAGUUCAUUGUGAAAGAUAAUGAUGCUCUUGGGGCUGAAAUCAUUGGAGCUGUAGAGAUACCAAUUCAAAAUAUUUUGUCUGGAAAUACUAUUAAUGAUUGGUUUCCAAUAACUGGUGGGUUCUCAAUUUGCUCAAAAGGUACUCCUGAGUUACAUAUCUCUAUUCAGUAUCAGCCAUUUGGAGCAAACCCUUCAGACAAAUAUGGCAUUGGAGCUGCAGCAGAUCAUCCAGGUAUUCCUAACACAUAUUUUCCUCCUCGGAAAGGAGGGAAAGUGACUCUGUAUCAAGAUGCACAUGUACCAGAUGGUAAACUACCUAAAAUUUCACUUGAGGAGGGAAAAGUCUUUCAGCAGGGUAAAUGUUGGGAGGAUAUUUGCCAUGCAAUUUUGGAAGCUCAUGAGCUGGUAUACAUUAUAGGAUGGUCUGUUUAUCACCCUGUAAAGCUUGUCAGAGAACCAACAAGACCCGUACCUUCUGGAGGAGAGCUUUCACUUGGAGAGUUGUUGAAAUAUAAGUCACAAGAAGGUGUCCGCGUGGUUAUGCUGAUCUGGGAUGACAAAACUUCGCAUGACAAUUUUUUUUUGAAAACAGAUGGAGUCAUGCAGACCCAUGAUGAAGAAACUAAGAAAUUUUUUAAACACUCCACUGUUCAUUGUGUUCUUGCUCCGCGUUAUGCAAGCAAUAAGCUCAGUAUUUUCAAGCAACAGGUUGUUGGAACCCUUUUUACGCAUCAUCAGAAGUGUGUGCUUGUUGACAGUUAUGCAUGUGAGGAUAAACGGAAAAUAACUGCUUUUAUAGGUGGUCUAGAUCUAUGUGAUGGCAGAUAUGAUACUCCUGACCACCGGCUCUUUGUUGAUUUAGACACUGUCUUUCAAAAUGAUAUUCAUAAUCCGGUAUUCCCUUCAAAUACUGGAGUACCAAGGGAACCAUGGCAUGACCUACAUUGUAAAGUUGAGGGUCCAGCUGCAUACGAUUUAUUGACCAAUUUUGAACAAAGAUGGAGGAAAGCCAAAAAGUGGCGUGAAUUCAAGCUAAAAAGGGUGGCAAAUUGGCAUGAUGAUGCUUUGCUAAGGUUAGACCGUAUUUCAUGGAUUCUAACUCCAUCAUCUGGCGCCGCUGGCGACCAAGUUGUUCAGGUAACUGAAGAAGAUGAUUCGGAAAGCUGGAAUGUGCAGGUGUUUCGUUCCAUAGAUUCAGGAUCUGUCAAGGGUUUUCCAAAGGAUAUGGACCAAGCUAAGGCUCAGCAUCUUCUCUGCGGAAAGAACUUAAAAGUAGACAAAAGUAUCCAUACCGCUUAUGUAAAAGCAAUUAGAUCGGCCCAACACUUCAUAUAUAUAGAGAAUCAAUAUUUUCUGGGAUCCUCGUUUCAUUGGCCUUCAUAUCAACAUGCAGGUGCUGAUAACUUGGUUCCAAUAGAGUUAGCUUUGAAAAUUGCCAACAAGAUCAAUGCAAAUGAACGAUUUUCCGUCUACAUAGUCAUACCAAUGUUUCCAGAGGGGCCUCCAACUAGUAGUGCUGUGCAGGAAAUCUUGUUCUGGCAGGGACAAACAAUGUCUAUGAUGUACGGCAUGAUUGCAGAUGCCCUUAAAAGAAACGGUCUUUCUGAUCAAUAUCAUCCUCAAGAUUAUCUCAACUUUUAUUGCCUUGGAAAGCGUGAACCUGAAUCCAGUACAAGUUCAAUGGCUAUGCAAACAGCUGACCGUGCUCUGGCAUCGGUUGGCAAAUAUAGACGUUUUAUGAUUUAUGUUCAUGCCAAAGGAAUGAUAGUUGAUGAUCAAUUUGUAAUCCUGGGAUCUGCAAAUAUUAACCAAAGAUCCUUGGAUGGUUCAAGGGACACAGAAAUUGCUAUGGGUGCCUAUCAGCCUCAUUACACAUGGGCUAGAAAAUAUUCUCAUCCACAUGGUCAGGUUUAUGGUUACAGGAUGUCUCUCUGGGCUGAGCACCUCAACGGUCUUGAGGAUACUUUCAAGGAACCGGACAGCCUCGAAUGUGUUCGACGUGUUAAUGUAAUUGCCAAGAGCAACUGGGACGCAUAUGUGUCUGAGGAAGAGAAAGAGAUGAUGGGACACCUGAUGCUGUACCCCGUUCAGAUUGGCAAUGAUGGAAGAGUUAGUGCCUUGAAGGAUUGGGAAAACUUCCCCGAUGUUGGUGGUAAAAUUCUUGGAUCACCCAACUCUCUUCCUGAUACACUAACCACAUAAUUUAGUUGUCACACUUUGACUACAAAGGAAAUUGACAGGGGAAAGACAAAAUUCAAAUGAAAUAGGUUUUAGGAACAAAUUUCUUUAAAGUCCCGCUUUGUGUUGGAGGAAGGAAUUCUCAUUCUCUUGCUUUUUUGUAACAUCUAUUUGAUAUUUUUGUAAUUACCAACUAACAAAUUCUAGUUGUUUUUAUUAUUUUUGUUAAAGUAGGAAUACAAGCAUACAAUUAUCAUAUUUCAUUGUUGACAACAACAAAAAUCUUAUCUUAUUAUGGGAUCGGUUACAAGGAUCACACAAUAAUAUCAUUAUGCUCUGUCUAAGACCAAUUCUUCUAAUAAGCCAUUAAUUGAAAGAUCUCAAUUUACAACUUGUUUAAGUG